AUGUUAAUACUUGUGUUCCAAGUAAUUUAUAAACCAUUCAAGGGUACUCUCUAAAAUUGGUUCGAAUAUGCUAACCUAACUACUUAUUUUUUUAUUCUUGACCUUUAUAUUGUACUUCUAGGAGAUAUGAUUGAUGAUAAUGAAAUUAGAUUUAUGGUUGGAUGGGUUGUUGUACUCAUUACAAUUGCUUUUAUUAUAUUCAAUUGGGGAUAUUUAUUCUAUAUGAUGAUAGCUAAGACAAUAGAUUUUGUUAGGAAAUUUAUAUUCAAAUAUAAAGUAGCAAGAUCCGUCAAGAAAUAAAUUAUGAAUAAGAUAAAAUACUAAAUGACAUAAAAUCCAUUGUUAGUAGAUUUGAAAACUUAAUUAGAAAAGAAAGAUAGUCUAAGAGAUUAAUCACAAAACUUUGAGAUUAAAGUAGUAGACUUAUCAUAACAUGAUUCUUUAAAUAAGCAAGAUUCAAUAAUACUCCCUAGACCCAUUUCAAAAUUAUAAAAUAGUAUUAAUUCUCUAAAAUAAUUCUCAGAAAAAGAUUAAUUCCUUUAAGUUUCAAAAAUUCGCAAGCAACCAUUAAAGAAAUCUUCAUCAUUAGCUGAUGCCUUUAAUGAGAAAAUUAAUCCUCUAAAUAUUAAAAGAUUGCCAACUGAUAAAUAACACAAUGUAUUAUACAGCAAUAUUUUCAAUAAAAGCCGUGAAAGCUUAUUCUUUUAAUAGCAUUCUUAAACAAAAACACCUACUAAGAAAAUGAAAAGAACAAGCAAAUUCCAAACAGGAAUACCAAAAAAUCCAAGAUUAAUCCAUGUUAAGAAUAAUUUUCUCCAAGAGAGUAAUGCUGAGGAAAUAUCGUUAUUCAAGCUUGAUGAUUAAGAUUCUGAAUUGAUUUUCGAUAUGCCUCAUGAUUUAACACCUAAAUUAAAACCAAGAGGAAGGCCUGAAAGAUUUUCUCAUUUAGAGGAUUUCAGUUGGUCUCGAUCAGUUUUAAAUAUCGAGCCAAUGUUAAGCUAUGAAAACGAGUCUUAAAGAACAAUAGAUAACGAAGAAUAUAAAGAAUAAAAACAAUUACAAAGCAUAAAAUCAAAACUAGCUAAAUUAAAUAUAAGUUUUUCAAAAAAAUGA